UGGGCCGAUGCUGAACAUGGUAUUUGGAGCGGCGUUUGACGGAGAUCUCCCCCGCUUCAAGAACCUGCUGAUGAUGCUGGACAUGGGCAGGGGCCGCCUCAAGGAGGCGGUGGAGGCGCUGAGGGUGGAAGAUGCCGGCAUGCUACAGGGUCUCGGGGCACUACAUGUUGCUGCCGGCAGAGAGCGGCUGGAGGUGUGCAAGUACUUGGUUGAGGAGCUGCAGGUUGAUGUCGAUGGUGUCGACAAGGGAGGUAAAACACCUCUGUUUUUUGUGAUACUUUGUAAGCAUGUGGGUAUUGCCAAAUAUCUUCUUGAUCAUGGUGCCAAUCCAAACAAAGUCAACAGUGAUGGGAUCUCCCCUUUACAUCAGGCCACUAUAUCAGGAGAUCGUGAAACUGUUAAACUAUUGCUUGCUAAAGGAGCCUAUAUCGACCCAGUAGCUUUUUGUGGGACACCACUUCAUUGUGCUGCUGCUAACGGGGAUGCGGACAUUAUGAAGAUUUUAUUGGACCACAAUGCGGAUUGCAACAAACUGGUAAAUGGUCAAACACCUCUUAUUGCAGCUGUAGGUGGUGCCUCAAUGAACUGUAUGCUUCUCUUGCUUAAGGCCGGUGCUGAUCACAAGGCAGCUUUAACCCAUUCUUUAAAGAAUCUCCAUUCUGAAAAACUUGUUUCAACUGACUUUGUCAAUUGCUUGAUGGAGGACAUUUCUGCCAGCCAUUUUCCUGAUGAUGAUGAGCCUAUGUCAAAAAGGAAAAUCAGAGCUGCAGGGUUUAAGAAAAUUGCGAAUGUUGCUUUCAAGACGGAGCAAUAUCUUUGUGCGGCAAAAUGCUACACUAUGGCAAUAAGGUUUGAUCCCAACAAUGCAACAUUGUACUCAAACAGGAGCCUUUGUUGGCUUCGCAUGGGCGAGGGAGACAAGGCUUUGUGGGAUGCUAACCAAUGCAGAAAAUUGCUGCUUGACUGGCCAAAAGCCUUUUACCGGCAGGGUGCAGCUCUGAUGCUGCUGAAGGAUUACAAAGGUGCAAGCGAGCAUUUCUUGGAUGGACUCAAGUUGGACCCCGCCAACACUGAGAUGGAGGACGCAUUACGGAAAGCUUAUGAUGCCAUGAAAGAUGUCUCGAAGCACCAAGGCUGAGUAACUGCUCGAGUGUUGCAGACUUGCAAGGAGAGGCCGGAGUGCUGGAUCUGGUCUCUAGUCGAGUUGUCGUUGAACUUUUCACCUUUUGAGCUACCUGUCGUUGAGCGUCUCACCUUUUGCUUAAAGACUUCCAAUUCCUGAACUAAGUAAUCUGUUGAAUUCCUGAACCAAGUUGUCUGUUGGGAAAUCAAGUAAUCUGAUGGGAAUCAAGUAACUCUGUCAUGUCUGC